GCGGUUCCCCUGACGUCGUUUCCACCGAGGUUGCUACCAGAAAUCUAUAGAGAUCUGGCGGCAGAAGCAGAUAGAUGAUAUCGCAAUGUCCCGACUUCCCUCCGCUUCCUCGUCCUUUUUCCUGCAGCGGAUCAGACUCCCAGCCAUCUCCUCCCUCAUCGUCUCUGCUUCGAGACCUCCUUCCCCCUUCAGAUCCUCCUCUUCUCAGCCCCGAUUGUCUUUCUCCCCAAGAUUGCGCCACUCGCCUGUCUCUCCUCCGACUUCUUCUUCCUUCUUGACGUGGGCCGUGCCGCCCGUGGUGGGCACCCCAAGGUUGCGGACCAAAGUUUGUUACUGUGCUGGAAGCAGUGGAAGGGAGAAUAAGGAGCUUCUGGUACAGCAUCUUCUUGUCGGUGAAGACAACCUUACGCUUCUGCUGGAGCUCCAGCAGCGUAUUUCAGGAGGAGUGGAUUUAAGUGAUUUAGCUGUGGAAUACUCUUUAUGUCCAUCAAAGGAAAAUGGUGGAAUGCUUGGGUGGAUUCGAAGAGGGCAAACGGUUCCAGAAUUUGAGGAAGCUGCAUUUAGUGCUCCUUUAAAAAAAAUCACACGCUGUAAGACUAAAUAUGGAUGGCACCUCCUGCAAGUGCUUUCUGAGAGGGAAGAAUCAGUUCUUCAAGAUGUUGAGCCUGAAGAACUUCAUCUGAAAAUGCAAGAUCCAAGUUUUGUUGAGGAAGCUCAGUUGAUAGAUGUAAGAGAACCUGAGGAAGUAGCUCAAGCUUCUCUGCCUGGCUUUAAGGUUCUUCCACUUCAUCAGUUUGGAACAUGGGGAUCACUGAUAACUGAUGAGUUUGAUCCUGAAAAGGACACUUAUGUUUUGUGUCACCAUGGUGUGCGGUCUCUACAGAUAGCAAAAUGGUUACAGACACAGGGAUUCAAAAGAGUUUUCAACAUAUCUGGAGGAAUUCAUGCCUAUGCCAUCAAAGCUGAUCCAUCUGUUCCGACAUAUUGAACAACUUUCACCUGUUCUUUACCUACUAGUGGCUUUUGUCGAAUAAGCAUAUUCUGUGCAUGCAAGUAGUUCCAUGUAUCUGUAUCGUUAUUAGGUAGGUCAUACAAGCAUCAUGAUUUGUAAUCUAAUGCUACAAAUGUAUGGAUUAAGACUACUUUGAGCAGUUUUACUCAGGUAGCAUCAUAGAGAUGUACAAGUUGUAACAAUCACACAGGAUGAUUUGUGUUUCCUUUCUUUCCA